CGGCACCCAGAACCAGCCCUGCUCCCUCCCGGCACCGCCGCCAUGAACACCUUCCUGCUCUCGGCACUGUGCCUCCUCGGUGCCUGGGCUGCCCUGGCAGGGGCGGUCACCGUACAGGAUGGAGAUUUCUCCUUUCCUCUGGAGUCCGUGAAGAAGCUCAAAGACCUCUGGGAGAUCCAGGAGCCCAGGAUUUGGAACUACAAGAAGCUUGCACCUACCCCUGGUGAAUCUGAGGUUCCCGCCCUCUGCAGUCACCCCGAUUUUCCCGAAGAACUCAAGCCUCUCUGCAAGGAGUCCAACGCCCAGGAGAUCCUUCAGAGGCUGGAGGCCAUCGCGGAGGACCCGAGCACGUGCGAGAUCUGUGCCUAUGCGGCCUGUGCGGGGUGCUAGGACUCCUCGCCCGGCCUCUUCCCCUCCCCGCGGGAAGCCCCUUCCCCUGCCGGUAGUGCCACCCUUCCCUGCCACAGACACAGGCGGAGGGCAGAGAAGGGGGCCUGCCGAGGGGAUGGGUGCCCGGAGACCCAGUGCUUCCCAGGACCCCUCCAACGCCCAGCUAAUAAACCAGAUU